AUGACUCUUCAUGAUGUCAACUACACAGGUGAUUGCCUGCAGUCCAUUAACUCAACCUGUUCAAAAAUAUACUCUUCUAUGGCAGCUCAUGUUUCGAUGUAUGUGUUUGCUGCAGCUGUGGUGAUAUUUACUGUGUGUGGGAACCUUCUGGUUAUAACUGCUGUCUCUCAUUUCAAACAACUCCAUACACCAACAAAUAUCCUUCUUGUCUCACUGGCCAUUUCUGACUGUCUUGUAGGUUUAUUUGCAAUGCCAGUCCAUUCUAUGCUUAUGCUUGAAUCAUGUUCACUGUUUGCGUCAACGUUUUGUGCCUUAUAUAAUAUGAUCAAUUUCCAUUUAACAUUUGUCUCUAUAUACAAUAUUUCUUUCAUUGCUGUGGACCGUUACAUUGCCUUAAGCAAUCCUUUUCUCUACCUCAAAAAGGUAUCGUUGUCUCUAGCAUUCAUUAUUACAAGAUACAUUUGGAUUGUGUCACUGUUUUACAACUGUGCACUUCUUUAUUUCAAUGGAAACUUCAGGAACAAAUGCCCAGAUAAAUGCUUUGUUUCUGUGGAUGAAGUGUGGACUACUGUUGAUUUUAUUGUUGUUUUUAUUUUACCAUGUGCCACUAUCAUAACUCUGUACGUAAAUGUAUUUUUCAUUGCAAGAAGGCAUGCAGUAUUAAUCAGAGCUGUGCUCAAGGACAGAAAACGACUGGAUGUCCACAACAAUGGUGACUCAAUGAGAUUGGAGAGGAAAGCUGCCAAAGUACUUGGAAUUCUUGUUUCAGUGUUUUUGAUAUGUUUAAUACCGUAUUAUAUUUGUAUGUUACUAUACGAUGUGUUAGCUCAAUCAUAUGAAAUUGUUGUCAAUGCCAUGUUGACACUGUUUUUCUUCAACUCUACUCUCAACCCCAUAAUCUAUGCACUGUUCUAUCCUUGGUUUCAAAAAAGUAUGAAGUUAAUUCUGACAUUCAGAAUAUGCAGAACAGAUUCCUCACUGAUGAAUGUGCUCUCAGAGUAA